GUUUGCUCUUCUUGGAUCCCGAAACUGAGAUUCGUUCAACGUUUGCAACUUUAUUCCUCAUUUCAUCGCCUCAUACUUCGUAUCACUGUAGUGAUAUGCAGACUCGUGAAAACUCAGAGGAGCCCCCCGAGAAAAUCACCCCAGGAAGUCCUUUUGAUGACCCACGUGCUGACGCUAUUAUUCGUUCUAGCGAUAAUGUAGACUUCAAAGUUCACAAACUCAUCCUCUCUAUGGCAUCUCCUGUCUUUUCAGAUAUGUUCCUUUUCCCACAGAUGGUACAGGAGGAUGCAGAACUUCCUGUCGUUACCGUAUCAGAAGGCUCCCCAGUCAUGGACUGGGUACUCCGUGCCACUUACCCUACGGCCUCUACUGAGCUCAACGAACUCGACUUCAUCUACCAAAUCGUGCAGGCGGCUGACAAAUAUCAAAUGGACUUUUUAGUGGACCGUCUUAUGUCGCCACUAGGAAAGUUUGUGGAAUCUGACCCUUUGCGGGUCUUUGCAGUUGCAUGUCGCUUCAAGCACGUCUCACUCGCGCGAAGAGCCGCUCAUUACACUCUACGCCUCCUUCAAAGAGACAUUAUCCAAGCAUAUAUUCCCGAGUUCAAAUUUAUGCCUUCCGACAUGCUACAGUAUCUUUUACGCUAUCAUGAACAAUGUUCAAACGCUGCGGUCGCCCUUACAAAGGAGUUCACCUGGGUUAGAGAAUAUUCUGCGUGCUGGUGGCAAUGCCGCAAUGGCAAACCUGGGCCUACCCAAUGCAAACCGUGCGAAGCUAAGGCAGUUGUUAUCCCUGGAACUGUAGGUAGAACAUCACCCCGGCAGUGGUUUGUGGACUGCAUGGCCGAAGCAGGAGAAUGUCUGGCAAAGCGCCCAAUCGGUACUGCUGUAGCUUGGAAGAGGAUUCCAAAAUCUGUUCGCGAUUGUCCCACAUGCGGACCUGCUUGCUUAGAUGACUUGAUGGCUUUCAGCAAAAUACUUGCCGAGAAAGUGGACGAAGUUGCAGGAAAUGUUAAGUUAGAUCUUGAUUUUGCCUGAGCCAAAAAACCAGAUUUUUCUAUGCAGAGAUCAUGCUAUAUUUCGUAUGCAUUUACGGAGUUCGUUCAUCUACAAUGCUAAAGCUUCGCUUUCGUCUUGCUAUCUUUCUUAUGCUCUUCCAGGACUUUUUCCAAAUAACGGAACUUGUAGUAUAACUGUAGUGCUUGAGGGUUCGCGACGGUACCGCUUGGUUUGAUAUUUGAUCCCGACACUAUUUGCUUGACAGCGAUUUCGAUCUUCUUGUUAUUUACGGUAUACUGUAUGUACGUGGUACUCUCAGUAUGUACAGCCAGUAUGAUAUUCACAGAUGUACUCACAGGAAUAUCUUCAAUAGGUAGAAUAUAGGCAGGAACGUGUCUGGCACU